AGAUGCAUUUUUCAGUUUCAUCUUGAAUCAGCCGGGAAUGUAAUAUUCAGUAAGGAGAAUGAUUCAGUUCAUCUAAGGGCUAUUAUUACUAAAGUGGCGAAGGCAAUGAAGCAAGAUGGAGCCCUGGCUAUCGCUCAGUUAUCACAUGCUGGUCGACAAACACCGAAAACGGUGAAUCCGCAACCGCUUUCAUGCUCUGAUAUAGAACUGAAAGUGGCUCAACCUUUGGUUGGCUACGGACGUCCCAUUCCCCUCACCGAACAACAAGUGAAGACAGAUGUUGUGGAUCGAUUCGUAUAUGCGGCAAAGUUUGCUCAAGAUUGUGGGUUUGAUGGCAUUGAACUUCAUGGGGCGCAUGGCUAUCUUUUAUCAUCGUUUAUGUCUCCAGCAACAAAUAAUCGCACGGAUAAGUAUGGGGGAUCUGCUCAGAACAGAAUGAGAGUGAUUCGUGAGAUAUUCGAUGGAAUCAAGAAGGAAGUUUCAACCACAGGGUUUUUGAUAGGAAUAAAGACGAAUACAGUCGAACUUCAGGAAAAAGGUCUCACUGUGGAAGAAGCGAAGGUCAUGUGUGAUAUAAUUGAGAAAAUUGGUUUCGAUUUUGUGGAGCUAUCUGGAGGGACGUUGGAGCGAAAUGCGUUUCAGCACAAAACUGAUGCCAGCAAAAAACGAGAAGCUUUCUUUUUCAAUUUCGCUGAGAAGGUUAGUUUUGCUCUGUAA